CCUCGCCUGCUGGAGUUGGUCACACACGGCCAGAGGGCUGCAGUAGUUGAGUCAGUCAAGGUAGUUCCACUGUCUAGGGAGAAUGUCAAAGGGAGAGCAGCAAGACCUGGUGGCUAUUAAAGAACUAGAGUCAAUCCUGGAGUCCUGCAAGCUUGAACUGACACCACUAGAUGAGGUCUGGCCUAAUCUCUACAUCGGAAACGUGGCCAUAGCUCAGAACAGGGGUGCAUUAAAGAAGCUUGGCAUCACACACAUCCUGAACGCAGCUCACUUUAAGCAGGGCAGCAUCGGUGACCAGGAUUACUAUGGAAACACCUGUGUGUACUGUGGCUUCCCUACAGAAGACUCGUCCCAUUUUGACCUCAGCCAGUACUUUAAACCUGCAGCUGACUUCAUACACAAGGCCCUGAAGACUAAAGAUGGGAAGGUGUUGGUGCAUUGCAUCAUGGGUAUAAGUCGUUCCGCCACGCUGGUGCUGGCGUUCCUGAUGAUGCACUGUCGUCUGCCGCUUCGCACCGCGCUCAAACAUGUGACCCAGCGACGCGCCAUCUACCCCAACAGACAUUUCCUGUCACUACUGCUCACGCUCGACACACAGCUCACACGCAAGAGGAGACUAUGUCCUCUUCUCUGACAGUCCUUCUUUCAUCCCUCUCUCCUCCCAUCCCUCGCUCGUCUCACCUCAUAUCUAUCUAUCCAUCUCACACACAAUCCUUUAUACUGGUUGAAAAUAUGUAGUUGUAGGACUUUUACAGUAGGUACAAACUGGUAUUAAAGCACAGCAUGUUGUAUAUACUGUAUGUUGUAUAUACACAGCAUGUUGUAUAUACUGUAUGUUGUAUAUACACAGCAUGAUGUAUAUACUGUAUGUUGUAUAUACACAGCAUGAUGUAUAUACUGUAUGUUGUAUAUACACAGCAUGUUGUAUAUACUGUAUGUUGUAUAUACACAGCAUGAUGUAUAUACUGUAUGUUGUAUAUACACAGCAUGAUGUAUAUACUGUAUGUUGUAUAUACACAGCAUGAUGUAUAUACUGUAUGUUGUAUAUACACAGCAUGAUGUAUAUACUGUAUGUUGUAUAUACACAGCAUGUUGUAUAUACUGUAUGUUGUAUAUACACAGCAUGAUGUAUAUACUGUAUGUUGUAUAUACACAGCAUGAUGUAUAUACUGUAUGUUGUAUAUACACAGCAUGUUGUAUAUACUGUAUGUUGUAUAUACACAGCAUGAUGUAUAUACUGUAUGUUGUAUAUACACAGCAUGAUGUAUAUACUGUAUGUUGUAUAUACACAGCAUGAUGUAUAUACCAUAUAAUGCGGUAGCAGGAUUCCAUGGAGAUAAUGUCGAUGCUCAAUGCCUUUUAAAAUCAAAAAUAUCUAAAGAAUUUGAACUUUUCAAUAUCCCGGUGUUAGCCAGUGGUGAUAGUUGAACCUGCUGUGAGUUGUGCAGCUGAGCAUUGUCUCCUGGGAAUCAGUAGAAACACUAAUAAUGAGAUUACACAAUUAAAAAGGCAC